CGUCUGUUCAUUCAGUUGUAACCAGAAGAAAGAUGAGCGUGCGCUGCGCUCUGACGCACCGAGUUUAGCGGCGACACGAGCCUUUAGCCGCGCGCGCUCGGCUGUGGAGUACUGUGCGAUGAGAGAGGAGGACGCACGCGGACUGAAGGACGCACAGCUCUGGAUCCUGGUCCCCCCGUCUGUAGGUAACUUUGGGGUUCCUCUGAAGUGGUCGCCUGUGACGCACCGCAGCGCAGGGCUGCUGGGGGACCUCAGAGCAGAGGAUUUAUAGGACCCCCUACCCACUCCCACCCCCCCGGCCAGAGACGUCUCCUGUUUGCUUCCUUCGGUGGAAAUCCUCCAGAAUCAGAGGGUUUGUGUCUCACUGGCUGCCCUGGAGAAACAAGAAGGAUGGCAGCUUGGUUCACCUUCACCAUCGCAGUCAGCACUGCGUUGAUAUCACAGGUCUCUGGAUCUGGAAUCUUUGAGCUUCAUCUCCACGAAUUUCAAAACCACCAAGGAUUGCUGUCAGAUGGACGCGCGUGCGCUCCCAGCUGCAGGACUUAUUUUCGGGUUUGCUUGAAGAACUAUCAGACUGUCAUCUCACCAGGUGACUGCAUCUUUGGAAGCACAGUCACGCCCGUGCUCGGGGCAAACUCUUUCCAAGCCAAAGACACCGGGACUUUACCGGGACCCAUCCAGAUCCCCUUCAAGUUCGGAUGGCCGGGAUCGUUUUCAUUAAUCAUUGAGGCCUGGCAUUCAUCCUAUGGAAACAAGCGCCCUGCAGAUUACAAGAGCCAAGACCUUCUGAUUAGCUUCUUUGCUGUCCAGAGACAUUUGAGCGCAGGAACUGACUGGUCUCAAGAUACACAGACGGACAGGCUAACAGAACUGAAAUACUCCUACCGCUUCGUCUGCAACCAGAGCUACUAUGGAGAAAGCUGCUCCAAGAAAUGCACCCCCAGAGACGAUCGCUUUGGCCACUACAACUGCACCCAAGAUGGGCAGUUAACCUGCUUACCUGGCUGGAAGGGAAAAUACUGCGAAGAGCCUGUCUGUCAGGAGGGCUGCAGUGAGAGGAAUGGAAACUGCUCCAGGCCUGGGGAGUGUGUAUGCAGAAAAGGUUGGACAGGAAUGUUCUGUGAUGAGUGUGAGACGUACCCUGCCUGUAACCACGGUACCUGCCAGCUGCCAUGGCAGUGUAAUUGCCAGGAGGGCUGGGGAGGCCUAUUAUGUGACCAAGAUCUGAACUUCUGCACCCAUCAUCGUCCCUGUGUGAACGGCGCCACCUGCAUGAACACAGGCCAGGGAAGCUAUACCUGCACUUGCUUACCUGGAUUUACUGGAGCUAACUGUGAGCUUGUGAUGAAGGAGUGUGACAGUAACCCUUGCAGGAAUUCAGGCAAAUGCACAAGUCUUGAGGGCUCCUACAAGUGCAUGUGUCCCCAGGGCUUUGAGGGCUUGCACUGCGAGCAAAGCACGCUGACCUGUGCCGACUCCCCCUGCUUCCAUGGUGGCGAAUGCAGGGAGAGACGCAACGGCCACGGCUACAUGUGCAAGUGUCCCCGAGGAUACACCGGGCUCAACUGUGAGAGAAGAGUGGACAAGUGCACACUGCUUCCCUGUGCUAAUGGUGGUCUGUGUCUGCUCCAGGGGGGCAUGAGUGUGUGCAGCUGCCGUGCAGGAUUCACCGGCCAGCGCUGCGAAAUCAAUAUUAAUGAUUGUUCCGGCAGUCCUUGCCUUAACGGAGGUACCUGCAAAGACAGGAUCAACGACUACACCUGCAGCUGCCCCACAGGCUUCACUGGGCGCAACUGCCAAAGAGUCCUGGAUGAGUGCACCCUCCACCCUUGCCUCAAUGGAGGCUUGUGCACUGAAAGUGGUGCAUCUGGGGAGCCAGCAGUGGCCUGCAUCUGCCCUUCCGGUUUCACUGGACCUCAAUGUGAAUCUUUUGUGUUAUUAUCAUCUGGGGUGGCCAGCGGCGAUGGCUUCCAGUGGGCAGCGGUCUUUCUGGCUGUAGGCCUGGUGGCGCUGCUCAUGCUCCUGUGCAUGGUGGCCUUGGCUUUGAGGCACAUCCACUGGCAAGCGUGCAGGCGGGAAGCUGAAACUGAGACCAUAAACAACCUCCCCAGCGUUCCAAAGGACAACCUGAUCCCAACGUCGCAGCUGAAGAAAAUUAACCAGAAAGUCAGCCUGGAGGUGGACUGUGACUCGGACAAAUCAAACUUUUUCUAUAAAAAUUAUCACAUGGACUCUUACAAGUUCAAGGAUGAAAAGUUACAAGAGGAAAGAAGCUUAAUUUAUGACAAAAGUUUAGUUGAUAAAACACCCUUCAAUAGAAAGUACAGGGAAAAGCCUGAGCGUUUGCCGCCAGCACCAUUGUCUUCACGAGACUCCAGGCAUCGGUCGGUGUAUGUCAUAGGGGAGGAGCCAGAAGAGUGUAUUAUCGCAACAGAGGUUUAAACUGUAAGUGAGCGACAAAAGCAGACAGAGGAAGACAGAGACACAAUCAAGGCGGAUAAUUUUGCUCUGGGAUUUUUACAAAUGCGCAGAGGCUGGAAACCGUUUUGAAAAUCCACUGCUGCUCUGGGACACAGAAGAACUGGAGAACAGAAAGCUCUGCCAAAAUGAAAAUAUCUUCUGAACAAAAGGACCAAGUUUUUGUAUCCAAAACGUGUACAGUGAAGGAAAAUCCUCAGUUUAGACCAAAGGAAAACAGACUGAGUCCAUGAAGUUACAACUGUCAAAGGCUGAUUCAGCUGAAUCCUCCUCCCUUCAUCAUGGAACUGGCCUUUUUUUAUUACUAAUCAGCCAACAAAUCCGUACAAAAAGUGCCUAAGAUCGGACGACCCCAUCACCUUUACUCCAGCACUGAUUUUAGCCAGCUAUGCAAGACGUAUGGGAGAAGUUUCCUGCUGACACAAUUCAAGCCCAUCAUCACAGAAAGCUAACAGCUCGUCUUCCACUGUUCUUCAUGCAAAAAGCGAAGCGAAUGGUUGUGUCUGUCAGCGCAGGCAGGGACUGUUUAUAGAAGCAUUAUCUUAUGUGAGAUGGUUCUGUUCUGAGAUCAUUUGCACUACAGAGGGACAAAGAAAAGCAGCAGAAAACUCUUCUCCACUGAAGUGACGUUUAAAGAAUCACAGGAAUCAGAGUGAGGCCAGCACAACCCAACAGGAAGCUGCAGAGGAACGACAGCUUCAACACUGACAACAGCAGCUGCCUGUAUAUUUUACACUCAUAGAAUGUACUUUUUGAAACACCUUGCAGAGUUAAACCUAAAUAUAAACCAUUGGUCUUUGUAUUUUUUGUAAUAUUUUGUAUAUGUUGCAUAUUUAUAAAGGACCAAACUUCUGAAGGAAAAAAUAAAUAAAUCUCAAACAUU